UUAAAUUGGAAAAUUAACUGCGAUGAUCAUUCUUCACUUUCACUUUUAAGAUUAAUGACUUCUUUGAUUUCCCUGCGAAGGUUAGCAAGCUUUUCAUCAACUGAGAUCUGUGGAGAAAACUGGUAAGCGGAAAGAGGAGCCUUUUUUGCUUUCUCUUUAGCUGCUAAACUGGAGACAAGGGUGUGAAGUUGUUGUUGCCUACGAGAAACAGAAUAAGUUCCUUUUGCGUCCUGAAUGGAUUGUUGAGCUGUUUGAGUGAGGGGAGCAGCAUUUUCAACUUCCUGGAAGGUUCUAGGUUGACGUAUAAGGACUUUGAGUGUAAGAGCAUAAACCUUGAGUGAAUAACCAAACUUUUUCUUCCUCUGAUAAGUCAAGGUUGUCAAACUUGUUUUGCAGGUCUUCAAUAUAUUUAUCCAAAGGUUAUGUGUAUAACCUCUGUCCCGUAAUAUGCGUUUGAAUUUUCUAAUUUUUUCUUCACAUGUACCUUUCUUUUGCAUGAUUGUUCGGAAACGAGGAGCCAAAAGGGAGGAGAGCUGGUCAUAUCCCUCUUAGUUUUUACUAUUUUUGUGGCCAACUGGACUAUGUGAGGGUUUGUUCCUUUGGUAAAUGAUAAAUGAGUUAAAGACGACUAGGAUAAUGGUGCAUAAAAGAAACUAAUGAAUGCAGCCUUCUAAAAAGGAUUGAUCGGGUAAAAUAAAUUGGUGACCCACCACCCCAAGGGAGCAUUUUCAAUUGAUAGGUGAAACAAAAGAACAUGAAACUUCGAGAAAAAGAAAGGACGACGAAUACAGAUAUAAAACCCCAAGCAAAAAGAGCUUGAAUAUAUAAUGAAAUUGUUACUAUUCUUUCAAUAGAAUGAAGAUGUUGCUUUUAUUUGAAAAGAUAAGGAUUUGCACAAAGAGAGAUUCGUCAAAGCACAAUGCUAUGUUACAAUGUUCAUUUGCUGGUUACUCAAGCAGAUAAGAAAAUGCAAAAUAAGUUAAAAGUUGUGAUUAAAAAAAUUGCUUGUGUUGUUGGUGAUGUGUUUGUAUUCAGUAUAGCAGAUGAACUUUUCUUUCAAGUUAUUCAAUUUGGGAAGAUUAAUUAAAGAUAAAUGUGCACACUUCCCAAGUGAAUCGAUAAAUUGAAAUUUGCGCUGCACGUUUACUAUUUCUUUUAUAACAUAAAAGAAUAUUGGCACUUAGGCAAAAAAAAAGAACAUUAUGGAACCAGGGAUUUCUGAAAAAGUGACAAUGGGGAAGAAAGAGAACAAAGAACCCUUGCUUUGAGCUAUUGAAGAUGCUAUUCCUGAGUAUGACAAUUACAACUUGUCAGCAGCAUUUUGAAAUGCUUGUACAGCCUCCAUUCAAUGUCCACUAGAGUGCUUGAAGCUAACUUGCACUAGACCAACAGGAUGUGGUUGCUCUGUCCUGAUCUGAUACGCUCUAAAAGAGUGCUGUAAUAGCAAAUCAAAGGCAACUUUCCAUCUGACAUGUCAUCGAAAUCAACCUCAAACCCAGCAAGAUCCUUAUCGUUGGUGAAUGCAUUGUCAGCUUGUUGUCUGAGUACAUGGCUGCCACCAAAUCACCGGCAGUGGUCAGCAGUAGAACUAGUAAAGACACUGGCCAGUGCAACAAAAAGCAAGGGAAGGAACCAGGCACUAGACACCUGUAUCUCUGCAGAUUUACAAGGAGACAUUCCUUGUUGUCCAUUAAAGCAAUUCAAAGCUCACAAAAACCAGGUUACCUCUUGUGUAUGGAAUGCAAAUAAACAGUUGUUAGCAACAAGUGGACUUGAUGAAGUCAUCCACAUUUGGAACAUGUCAUCCAAGACACAUAACAUUUUACAACAGACAUGUGUUUUCCUUUCUUCACACCACAAAAGUGAUGAUGAGCAAUUCAGGGACAAUACUGGUGAAGAAAUGGGUCAUGUUUGCUGGAAUGCCAAUGGCAAACUUCUUGCUGGAGCAAUUAACAACCUGUUAAAUAUUUGGACCGUGAUAGAUGGGCGUUGUAAUCUGGAGAUUCACCCUCAUCACAUCACAUGUUUAACAUGGCCUGUGUCCCGUGGAUUCCUGGAAAGUGAAGUUGGAAUAAUGGAUUCUCUGCUGGUUGGAAGAAUUGAUGGCUCACUAGCUGUUGUUGAGGUGUACGAUCGUAAUUCCUUCACAAGAGUUGAGCUACAGUGGUGUUCAAGAGAAGGAGUUCCAGUCUGCAAGGCUGCAUGGUACGAUAACAGCAACUGUUUUGUGGCUGGAUUUAUAGAUGGUGUUAUCUGCUUAGCAACGAAAGACCCUAAUGACCAAGUUAAGAUCAUAGAAGCUCAUAAGAGUUUGAUCAUUGGACUUCAGUUUGAUUCUAAAGGAGAGGCAUUUGCUUCCUGUGCUGAAAAUGAAUGUGUUAAGAUAUGGUAUGAAGUUGAAGAAGGUAUUCUACUCAGGCAUUCUGUGGAACUUGACAGCUCUGUAAUAUCGUGCUUCAAGUGGUUCAGCAAUUCUAAUGCAACAAACACUUCAUCGUACCUUGCCAUUGCAAAUCAUCCCUUAGUAGCUCAGAGAAAAAAAACGCUGCCCACACCAGGAUUCGCUUUCGUUGGAAGCACAGAUGGAUGCAUAAGUGUGUGGUAUGUUCCUCAGCAACCGGACAAAGAAAAUCUCUCUAAGAUGGUCAAAUUAUUUAUUGUCUCUGAAAGACAGUGUGGUGGUUCCACCCUGCAGUCAAGAAUUGCUGCUUUAGAGUCAGCCAACUUGCUGGGGCUGUCAAGAAAGGGAGGUGAAGAGGACACUGGAAAAGAUCGGAGGAAGAAAUCAGGCAUUGUCCAAAUUAUCUUUAAGUUUGAUGAUGUUUUGAAAUCAUCUGAAAAGCAAUUUCCUGUUAGCGACGGAUGUGUUAGUCUUCUAUUUAAAGCCAAUGGCCAUAGUGGUUUGGUUUCAUCCUUGUCCUUCAAUUCCAGUGGAACUUUUCUGGCUUCUGGCUGUGAUAAAGGAAUUCUUAACAUCUGGGCCAUUCAGGAUGGUCUGGUGGCACAAACAUACCAGAGAGACAGUCAACUGCUGUCCCUUGCAUGGACGUGUGCGCAAGGCGUCACAGCUGCCUUUAAAGGGGAUAAUGACAUAGUCUUGGUGCAGUUUAACGAGCAAGUGUUUGAUAAAAACCGCUUGGUGGCCUGGGCAUCCGGAAAACUAAAGCAGCAUGGAGUUAUGGGUUUAAAGGAGGCACCAUUUUUCUGUGGGCUUCUGGAGAAGCUACCAACAUUACUACAGGAGCAAUAUUCAUUUGAGAAGACCAAAAUUAACCAAGGCAACCAACUUGUUCAUAGUCCGUUUCUGCAAUCUCUAUCUGCACUGGCUGUUGGCCUGGACUUGGAUAAAGUGCUAUGUCAUUCAUCUAAAACACAGAGCAAUUCAACGUUAUUGCUUCAUGAUAAUUCCCUUGUUCCAGAGUGGAGCUGGCUUCACAGCCUGGCUAUUGCUGUAAAAGCAGCUGAUGCUCUGACCUAUAGGAGAGCAUUUCCUCAGGGGUUCUCUGUGCCAGAUGAGGACAGUCUAGAGAGUGAAAUGGCUUAUCAACCUACGGACAAUUCGACCUGGACACUAUCCAUGGACAAGGAAGUGAUGAGCUGGGCCCAGCAGUGCCCAGAGGAUUGGGAUGGAAGAGAUCAGUAUGACGUGUUCCUUUGGGGAGGAGGCAGACAUGGGCAAAUUGCCCAGUGUGGUAAAGGAGUUAACAUACCAACAUUGGCAAAAUCAUUUGGGCGUGCACAGCAGAUAAUCUGCGGUCAGAACUGCACAUUUGUGUUGUUAGCCAAUGGAGCUGUUCAAGCAUGUGGCGAAGGUAGUUAUGGACGACUGGGUAUGGGGAACUCUGAUGAUCUGUUUUCACUUACAGUUCUCUCCACCUUGCAAGGCUAUGUAGUUACCCAGUUGGCCACUUCCUGUGGUUCUGAUGGCCACUCGCUGGCUCUGACUGAGAGUGGUGAAGUGUUCAGUUGGGGAGAUGGGGAUUAUGGAAAAUUGGGACAUGGUAACAGUGACAGACAGAGAAGGCCCAGACAAAUAGAGGCUCUCAGGGGCGAGGAAGUGUCAUUUCUGGCUUGUGGCUUUAAGCACUCUGCUGUAGUUACUUCAGAUGGUAAAUUGUUUACCUUUGGUAAUGGAGACUACGGACGCUUGGGACAUGGAAACACAGCAAAUAAGAAAUUACCUGAGAGAGUCAUGGCACUUGACAAGAAAGAAGUGGGACAGGUGGCAUGUGGUUUGAACCACACCCUAGCACUCUCUGUUGAUGGUAACACUGUGUGGGCCUUCGGUGAUGGAGAUUAUGGUAAACUUGGACUAGAGAAUUCCACAGCUAAACCCUCACCAAUACCCAUAGAGACAUUUGCAGGUGUUGGUGUUAAGAAAGUAUGCUGUGGCACACAGUUCUCUGUGGUUUUAACCAGAGAUGGUCGGCUUUUCACAUUUGGACAAGAGCGUCUUACAGGACAACCAGAGGGUCGUCUUCGCAGUCAAAGCAAGCCUCUUCAAGUGCCAACUCUUGCAACACAUUUCAUUGAGGAUGUAGCAGUUGGUGCAGAGCAUGUGCUUGUGAUGACAAGUUCUGGGGAGGUUUGGGGCUGGGGUAACAAUUCUGAGGGUCAGUUGGGACUGGGCAACAACACUACACAGCGUCAGCCAGUAGUUAUCCCAGGCUUACAAGGCAAGAACAUCCAACAGAUUUCUGCUGGUCGAAAUCAUAGUGCAGCAUGGACAACACCAUUGGUUCCUCCUAGAACACCUGGAACACCCUCGCCUCUGCAGUUGGGUCACCCCACCAUUAUCCCUCCCCAAUUCCAAGCAAUUAAAUGUGUUGACACCGAGGCUGUGAGAACAAGGUUACGAGUGCUGUAUCACUUCUCAGAUUUGAUUUCAUCAUGUUGGCGAUUAAUAAACUUUAACCCAGAUGAGGUUGAGCCUCAUCUAUUCAACCAAGGUACAACUGGAUUUGUCCUUGGUCACCUCAGGCCAUUGAUAGCGAAUCGUGUGUCCAACCUUCCGAUUGUAAGGGCACUUGGGCGAACUAUGAUUCAGGGAAAAAACUAUGGACCACAAAUUACAGUGACCCGAAUAGAUAAGAGAGGAAAGAAAACGCAACCAAUGCUAGUACAGGUAGCUCGUCAAGUUGUGAAACUCAACCCAGCUGAUCUGCGUCUUCCAUCUCGUGCCUGGAAAGUCAACCUGCUUGGUGAAGGAGCUGAUGAUGCAGGCGGUGUCUUUGAUGAUACCAUCACUGAGAUGUGCCAGGAACUUCAAUCAUAUGUUGUCAAGCUUCUCAUACCAACUCCAAACAGUAUCACCGAGGUUGGUUAUAAUAGGGACAGGUUUCUGUUGAAUCCUGCUGCCUCGAGUGAUUCCGAUCUGGAGCUUUUUACCUUUCUUGGGAUAUUAAUGGGUGUGGCCAUACGCACAAGGAAACCGCUUGAUCUCCAUCUAGCGCCAAUGGUGUGGAAACAACUGGUGGCUGUGCCUCUUGUACCUGAUGACAUAGAGGAGGUUGACUCACUUUAUAUGCAGAGUUUGCGUGGAAUACGUGAUAUUCACGAGAGUGGUGUCGAUGAGCACUCUUUUUCUGAGAUCAUUCCAAUCGAGUUGUUUGAGACUCAGAGUGCCGAUGGUCACUUUGUGCCAAUCUGUCCCAGUGGUCAUAACAUUAAUCUUACCUUUAGUAACCGCCAAGAAUACGUUGAGCGUGCUCUUCAGUAUCGCUUACAUGAAAUGGAUCGUCAAGUGGAAACAGUCCGUGAAGGUAUGGGCUGGAUUAUUCCAGUUCCUCUUCUGUCACUAUUGACGGCAGAAAAACUUGAGCAGAUGGUUUGUGGAUCCAAAGAAGUUAGUAUUGAAGUACUCAAGAAAGUUGCAAGGUAUCGUGAAGUUGAACCAACUGAUCCUCUAGUGAUGUGGUUAUGGUCUACAUUAGAGUCAUUCUCCAAUGAUGAGCGAGUGUUGUUCAUGAGAUUCGUAUCAGGCCGCUCCAGGCUUCCAACAUCAGCGUCCGACCUUUCUCAACGUUUUCAAAUAGUCAAAGUUGAUAGGGAACCCGACAGUCUUCCUACUGCACAAACAUGCUUUUUUCAGCUACGUCUGCCAAGUUACACAAGCUCCGACAAACUGGCAGACAAGCUAAGAUAUGCCAUUAACAACUGCCGAUCUAUUGACCUCGACAAUUACAUGCUUAUCAGAAACAAUGCUGAAGAAGAAAGAGAUCACGAGGAUGAGUUUUAGAUGACACCUCAGCAUCUAAUAUCGCUGAAUAAUAAGGAUAUUGACGAAAGAGGAAAAAUCAUUUUUUACAAGUGCUCUCCUGUACACAAAAACUAAACCUCCGCUGUAUUUUAGGAAAUAUGCUGUUUUCAUUCAUUUUGUGACCCUUUCAAGAAGCUUGUGCAUAUUACAAAAAUAAUUUUCGUGCAAAAUAAAGCCUCUAACUCCUUGUCACCUUUAUUCUAUUGACUCUCUGUGCUCCAGCUUCUAUCCCUCCAACCAGGUGCCUACACUAAAAUAUAGAUGGGUUAUUUCAGUCAUAGUGUGAAUACGCGGGUUGACGAAAAUCGACGAAGCAGUGUGUUUUAUGUAUUGGAGGAAAUGGUUAAAAUGUACUGCAUUCGUAUAGAAAACGAGAUGAGAUAGGAAUACCAACUGUCUCGAAACUGGCGCUUGAAAUUGCACGAAAUAUCAACUGUAUAUAACUAUAAGGUGAGCUACGCAAAUGAAUAGACCAUGAGUGGUUGAAAAUUUCAUUUUAUUUAAAAAUAGGUUUCAUAUUUCUACUGCUAACAGAGUGCUUACAGCUUGCAUUCUGAAUGUGUUGAAUAACCACUGAUUAAAUUUCCUCACUCUAGGCAAUUGGCGGCAGGAAAAAUCUGGAUCUAAGUUAUUUGAAACUCCUUUAAUUUGCGCUCGAACGGGGAGCUUUCGGUGGUCCGCCCUUUUCUUCAGGUCUUUGACUUUUGAAUAGAAGGUAGCCAGGUGUAUUGAUGGUUAUUCAUUGCCAAAUUUAAUGGUAGAGGGUAUCUUACGAGGAACUUGUAUCGUACUUAUUCAGGCUUGUUGCAGUAGUAUAGAGCGCACCGAAUUAACCCCUUUUUUACUGUGGUUUCUCAUUAAUCUGCUGUGGUAUCGCUGUGGAAUAAAUUAACUUGAUCUAAAAUUGCUGUGGAAUACAUUAACGGGAGUGAUGUCAUAGGCUAUUGUCUAUUGUCGUGCUGAGGAUGAUGUCAUGUUCUAUCUUAGGCUUAGUGACAGGUUCUGAACCGGUUUGACAGGUUUAUCAAUGAUGUCAUGUUCUAUUUUUAUCUUACGGCAGUCAUGGUCGGUAUUACCGGUUUGACUGGUUUUUGAAGUUAUUUUUGGAUACAUUUUCCUUAAGCCUAUGAAAGCGUGAUCGCUACAAAGCGAUGGAUUUCGAUACCAUUCUUUUUUUUUUUUUUUUACUUUUUUUUAUUUUUCGUAUUCCGCUUAGUCGUAAGGAAUAUUAAAAUUGCAGUGGUUUCUCAUUAACUGAUUUAUCCAGACUAACCAGUCCCAAAAACUGGUUUCUUCAGAAUGCCACAUUGAACUCGCAUGGACUUGCCCCAUUGUUUUGACAAAACCUUCAACACUGAUUGGUUAUUUGAGAAUCUAUUAUGUUUCCAAAAUAAAAGCGCGCUUCCAUUCGGUCAAGUCAUUCUUGUCACAAACUCGAGUAAAUAAUCUUUUUGAGCGGAUAGCGUGCAAACAUGCAAGUCGAAUCCACAUCUAAACCUAUGUUAACCGUGGACGAAGUUGAGCAAAUCCAACGCAAGAAAGUAGCCACAAUUAUUGGUCAUGCUUUCUAACUUACCUAUACCGCGUUCUAUGACAAGCUCAUUCCUCAAGAGAAAGUAAAUCGAUGAUAUGGCUGCGCUAUUCAUCACCCAGGCCAAAGGGAACACUCUCGCUUGAUGAUUGAUAAUGAAGACGCGUGGUACUAUUUUCAUGAUGAAACCCGUGAGCAAAUAGAUCUUGAUAUCGUGAUGAAGACUGUGAAAAGUGUUUGCAACACUCUGGGGUUGAAGAUUAGCCAGACAUGGGAAAGUCAUCUGACGCAGUUGCCUAAGUUGCCUUGGACCACAAUCUUUCUCACUUCUUUGGAACUGGAACAUUAUGAUCAAGAAAUGAAAGAACGCGUAUUGCAUGCUCUUUAUUAUGGUCCUUGUGGCCUCAAAACGAACGAUUUCAGUAGUGUGGAAAUCCACAAAGAUGAUAACGCUGAAGAAUUUAUAAACGUUGACCCGACAGAAGUGAAAUGUCCUGAGAACAUUAUCAGAAAAAAAGAAAAACCAUUGGACCUUGAUUAUGUAAGUAAUGAAAUUCAAAGUAAAUUUUAUUUUUGAAAUAAUAAAGUGUGUUCGUGACGUGACCUUAA